AUGGUCAGUGGAAGUGACGGUACUGGGCAACCCUCGAUCCGGCUAGGGUUCGAGCAGCUGCGUGCAAUUCUGGCGCGGUUCGAGUACUUCCAAUACUGGACGGAUGAACAGGUCCGGGAAUGCUGCAUACUGGCCCGAGUGGUCCAGUUCGCACCUCAGCAGACGAUAACGCUCGAGAGCGCGCUACCCUGCGUUCACCUCGUACUGAGCGGUCAGUGUAUGCUGCUGCAGUAUCUGCGCGUCCGGCGCCCAGGACGAGGUGCCGAGCGGUUCCAGCUCGUACCGGACACCGGUACGCAGCCUCAGCCCCGUACACCGACGUCGUCGCCCUCGAACGAACGGCUGGAUGGUGAGGAGAAGGAUGAUGCUGAUGAGCUACAGACCGAGAUACGGCGCUGGCACGAAACGUUCCGUGCUAGAACGGCCACAACUGACAGAAGCGACAGGGAGGAGCAGGAGGAGCAUUUCCACGAGUCGCAGUUGGAGUCGGGCGAUCAGACCAUUUCCUUCCUGCGUACACCACCGCCGGAGCAGCAGAUUGUCGCUCACCUGCUGGACGUGGGCACGUUGCGCGUCGGUGCGGUGUUCGGGUUGGGCGAGCGGCACCCGGACCGGACGAUCGUCGCCCGGACUCGCACCCAGUGUCUGCUGAUACCGCGCUGCUGGCUACUGCUGAAGCGCCAGAACAUUGGCAACACCUGGUGCCGGCUGCGGAUGUACCUGGACGGGGCGAUCCCGACCCGGGACGCCCUGUUCGAGCAGUUCCGGCGGGACCGGGCCUGGCAGCGGUACCGGCGCCGGCUCGUACGGGAGGCACCGAAACGGCCGAGCCGGACACGGUCCGCCGACGUGCCGGUCAUGUGCCGGAUCGCGGAAGCAACGCUGCAAUAA